CGAUUUUUGCGGGGACCAUACUCGAUCUAGACUUACCGUAUGAUAUCAUGGAAUGUUCGACUAUCAUUCUGCUGCCUUCUUUCACACUUCGACUACGUCUAAGAUGCGAUGGUGUCAUGGCCAACUCCUUCUUCUCCAAAUCUUUACAAUCUCUUUCAAUCAGCCAACCUCAUCGUAGAAACACUGCUUCAGACGAUUAUCUCCCUUUGGAUAUCGAUCUAAACCACUGGCCAGCAAUUCAGCGAAUCUCCCUCUAUGGCAGACCCGUGGUGUGGAGCAAAUUCUCAUUGGCUUUCCUCAGAUAUGUGGGCAUUUUUGGGGAAGCCGCUUUGGAGGAGAUUGAGCUUGGCGAAUGUCCUGAGCUAGACAUUCUCGUGAUAAUGCUUGAACGCCGAAAUCUACUACAAGGCUCUAGUAUCAAGAAGAUAGAGAAGAUCUCGUUUCAAUCCUCAUGCUCUCUUUCUGUACGAAAAAUUAUCAGCAGUCUUCUUAAGGGUAAAUGGGCUGAACGGCCAAGCAAUAAGGACCUCUCGCUGGCAGGUAAUGCUGAAAUUCUUCUUGAUCUGAAUCUGCCGGGAUGUUACAUGUGCCAUCGUGGGUUACGCUUUUGCAACAUUGUGGUGGAGAACGCUUCAAAAACAGAUAAUAUACAAGACUCGAUAGAAGCUCUGAAAGUCUAUCCUAAUGAAGAGGAUGAAAUACUUUCCUCUUGGACUGAUAGAGCUCUUCUCUGGGAGGGCAUUGACAGAAAUACCGCAGGGCGAUUGCUAAGAUGUAGUUGGUCUGUUGGUACAUUCAAAUCUAUAACGGCAGAUUCCUUCUAG